GUGUGCUGUGCAGGUGCUGGCCGAGAUGGGAUCCCCGCUGCUCAGAGCAGCGCCUGGGCCCCUUCGCUUCGCCUCCUCUCCCCGUCCAUCCCCAGGCCUGGCAGGACGAUGUCUGGUCUUUCUGUAACUGUCAGCAAACACCAUGAGACCACAGAGAUGGCUGAGUAUUUUGUUGCUUUAUUACUGGAAGGAGCUGAAGCAUUUGGACGUCAAUCAGCUGAUCAGGUUGAACAGCACAAUACCACGUCAGCUGGUAGAAUAGCAGAAGUGGCCUUUGUUGGAGAAAAUGGUUACAGGAUCUACCUGCAGUUCCAGUGGGAUGCUUUUGGACAGUGUUGUUCAGGUGGAUGGUAUAGCUGGUAACUGGGUGUCCAUAGCAGCCCUUAACAUGGCCAUUAUGAAUCUCAGCAGUGAACUUCGAUAAGAAAAAAUGAAUAUGUUUGUAAAAUGUUAUCACAAUACUGGUCUGAUUGGGCGAAACCACUGCUGAUGCCUACCUAUGAUUGGAAGAGAACACAGACUUUGGAAUGUUGACACGUCGCAUUAGCGUUUCCAUGGUUUGGAAUGGAUAUCGGUGGAACGCUGGUUAAACUGGUCUACUUUGAACCUAAGGACAUUACUGCAGAAGAAGAACAAGAGGAGGUGGAAAACCUGAAAAGCAUUAGGAAAUACCUGACCUCCAAUACAGCCUAUGGUAAAACUGGCAUUCGUGAUGUCCACCUAGAACUGAAAAAUUUGACUAUGUGUGGACGCAAAGGAAACCUGCACUUCAUCCGCUUCCCCAGCUGUGCCAUGCACAGGUUCAUACAAAUGGGAAGUGAAAAGAACUUCUCCAGUUUGCAUACUACGCUCUGUGCCACAGGAGGUGGAGCUUACAAAUUUGAGGAGGACUUUAGAACAAUUGCUGAUCUGCAACUCCACAAACUGGAUGAGUUGGACUGUCUGAUCCAGGGCCUACUUUAUGUUGAUUCUGUUGGUUUCAAUGGCCAACCAGAGUGCUAUUAUUUUGAAAAUCCUACAGAUCCUGAACAGUGCCAGAAGAAGCCUUACUGCCUUGAUAAUCCGUAUCCUAUGCUGCUGGUUAACAUGGGCUCGGGGGUCAGCAUCCUAGCUGUGUAUUCUAAGGACAAUUACAAGAGAGUCACAGGAUCCAGCCUGGGAGGAGGAACGUUCCUGGGCCUCUGCUGCUUGCUGACUGGCUGCGAGACAUUCGAAGAAGCACUAGAAAUGGCUGCAAAAGGAGACAGCACCAAUGUGGAUAAACUGGUGAAGGACAUUUACGGAGGAGAUUAUGAGCGGUUUGGCCUUCAGGGGUCUGCUGUAGCCUCAAGCUUUGGCCAUAUGAUGAGUAAAGAGAAGAGAGAUUCCAUCAGCAAAGAGGACUUGGCCAGAGCUACUUUAGUCACUAUCACCAACAACAUUGGUUCUAUUGCUCGCAUGUGUGCAUUGAAUGAGAACAUCGACAAAGUGGUAUUUGUUGGGAACUUUCUCAGAAUUAAUAUGAUUUCAAUGAAGGUGCUAGCAUAUGCUAUGGAUUACUGGUCGAAGGGACAGCUGAAAGCUCUGUUCUUGGAACAUGAGGGUUAUUUUGGAGCUGUUGGGGCGCUUUUAGAAUUGCUUAAAAUGACAGAUGAUCAAUGAUGAAGCUGUGUGAAGAGAUUUCUACUGCAGAUGCUGCUGGAUAAGAGUGAAAGCCACUACAAGGAUGGAAAUGAAGCCAUUAUGAUAGUUCUACCUGCUGGAUUUGUAAAUAAUUUAAAAUCCUUUUAGCUGAUCUUUAACUUCUGGGUUUUGAGCUUAUACUUCGGAGUUCAUACUGGGAAUACUGAGAUUUUUUUUCUGUACACUGUAUUUUUUAGGGGGAAAAUGUGCAACGUUGCCAAACAUAACAGAGUUUAUGGAAUUAUUUUAACUGUAUACUGUUUAAUGUAGGACCUGUGAUAUAAGGCAUCUGCUUUUCUUCUGGGGUUUACUGAUUAGUGUGGUAAUUUUAACUUCAUUUAGUAAUCACUCUAGGAGAUUUUUUUCUUAUUUUCAUGACGUUUCAUGAUUUGUUCUUGGUUUCAAAUGAAACUACAAAGCUGAUGCAUUUUACUGUGAAAACUCGUCAUUGAUUUGUUGCCUUUUCUCUUUAGAUGAGAUGCUUUUAUUUAACACCUUUCCCUCACCCUGCCAAAAAAAUAAAUUAAGUACAGGCUUCCUGUGGCUAUGGGAGUUUCUUGGCAAGACCCCAAGAAAACCUCAGGAGAAGAGGGAGUGUGUGAUUAAAGGUUAAUUCUUCAGUUGUCCUGAUUUUCAGGAUCAGGAACAGGCUGCUAACUUGACACUAAAAUGAAAUCCUGUUACUGUUGGAAGUCUGCUUAGUCUGGGGAGCUCUGUAGUAUGGUAGUUAUUUAUAUGGUACGUACUUGGUGAUAGAUGGGAAAGGGAGGAGAUUACUUCAAUUUAUUUGAAGACUUUUCUGUAGUCUGUGAUUCCUAAGUUGUUGGUGAUCAACAAGCAUUAACUGCAUUAUCCAAAGCCCAGCUUAUAAAGCUAGAAAGAUUAUUACUGAUGCAUUUUCUGUUUUCAAGCUAAGGCUUGCUUUCCCUGCAGGACACCAAGGUUUAAGUGUAUGUUCCAGUAAGUUAUUUUCUACCUUGGUUUGACUGGUGGACCUCUCUAUUGAGGUGAGACCCUUCUGAAAUCUAUGUACUCAGCUGCAUAGUGUGGGAAAGCUUGCUUUCCCUAGGCACCUUGAAGGCUCAUGAAUCAGAGGCUGAAGAAGUCCACAGCUUGUUUUGUCUUGUAGAACUGUGUGUCAUGUCACAUAACAUAAAGGGCUCAUCGGAGGGACGGUCUAAAAUUCAGACACGUGUAUUAUCCAAUAUAUUUUUGGAAGGGGGGGGUUAUUCACUUUUUUAAUAAUCAUUAAUUUCCAUAUCUCACAGAUGGUGAAAUGAAUUCAUACUAACCCAAUUGUUAACAUGUCUGAUGGAAAUAAAGACCACCACUGUUUUGAUGACUUUAA